AAGCUUGUCGCAUUGUAACGACGUCAUCACUAACCGCAGCAAGGAGCGUUCCUGACAGUAACACACACGUGUGGUGUUCUAAACUUUUACCCAUGGCAGGCUCAUUUUCUCAGGAGCUUGAGGAUUUAUUAAAUCCUUUGCCUAAAUUUGCUGAUCCUGAAGAUGAUCAGGAAGAAACCACCAAGGCCAAAGUGAUAGAAAAGUUCACCGAGGACGAUGAUGAAGAUGAGGUCGGCCUCAGCUCUCUGCGGAAGCACAACACAACCCUGCUCUCAGACACAGACACACGGUACGUGGGGAAGGCAGUCUCUCGUAAACAGCUGCUGAUGGCUAUGGGAGAAUCUGGCGAGGAUGAGGACGAUGAUGAAGAUGAAGGUAGCAUAGAAGAGCUGGAGGAAGACGAAGAGGCAGAUGAUGAUGUGGAUGAUGAAGAUGAUGAUGAGGUUAUGGACAGUGAUGCACAGCUUGAUGUCAAAAAGUCUCAGAAGACAAAAGGCACUGGGGUGACUUUGCCUCAAGGAGUGGACUUCCACAAACUCACUGAGGGCAUGGAUGAUCUUGGAGUGAGUGAAGAAGAUGAUGAAACAGAAGGCAGCAGCGAUGAAGAUGAAGGCUCUGGUGAUGAUGACAUGGAAGAGGAUGAUGAUGAAGAUGAUGAUGAAGAAGGAGUUGUCCGCACCUUUUCGCAGGACAAAGUAGACGAGGAGGUUGAGAAGGGGAAGUCUGUGAAGAACCAGCUGGCCCUCUGGGACCAGCUCCUGGAAGGUCGGAUCAAAAUCCAGAAAGCCCUGAUGUCCGCCAACCAGCUUCCACAGCCAGACACUCUCCCAGAAUUCAAGAGCAGGGGCGGAGCCGAGUUUGCCGGGGAGCUGAAGAACACCCACAAAGCUUUGAAAGCCCUUCAAAGAUCCCUGGUGGAGUUGCACGAUCAGCUUCUUUACCAAAAUGCAGACACAAGGAACGUCGCCCUGGGGAAGACUGGAGAUCAGGAUGAUGAUGAGGAGGAGAUAAACAGUGAUGAAGAAGGGUCAGUUCAGGAGAGUGGUGCACCUAAACGAAAACUGGACAUGGCAGAGUAUCCAGACUUUAUGGCCAAACGUUUUGCUGCCUUCCGGCCUUACUGUGAUGCUACAUUGCAGAAAUGGCAUGACAAAACCAGACUGACGAUGGGCAAGAGCAGCAAAGGCUUUGGGGCGUUUGACAGAAACAUCCUGACACAGGUGGAGCAGGUGCUGAUGGACAAUGAGAGACUGGUGAGGCGCACUCAGACCCGCCGCUCUGAAUACAGGAUCCUGGGGAAAAAGGAAGCCUCUGCUUCUACAACAGAGACUGUCUUUAUAGAAGGAGAGGAGGCGGAACAGCAGCUGAAAGCAAAUACACACCUCAAGGAUCUGGAUGAAGAUAUUUUCGAUGAUGAUGAUUUCUACCACCAGCUACUGAGAGAGCUGAUUGAGCGCAAGACGAGUGCUUCAGACCCCAAUGACCAGGUGGCCAUGGGCAGACAGUGGCUGGCCAUCCAGAAACUGCGCAGCAAGAUAAAGAAGAAGGUGGACACCAAAGCCAGCAAGGGGCGCAAAGUGAGAUUCCACAUUCACAGCAAACUUAUCAAUUUUAUGGCUCCUAUGGAUCACAGCUCAAUGAGUGAUGAGGCACGCAGUGAACUGUAUCGUGGACUCUUUGGUCAGAACUCCACAGCCAGGGAGUGACAUGAAUGAGCUACUUAUGUAUAACAAACCAGAACAGAAACCAAGCAGUGCCUUUUUGCAGACCCAGGGACGAUGCAAAGCAGCAGUAUGGCUCAGGACAGGAACCGUGUCCUUUCUCCCAAGGAUCACUGCAGCGUGGGCACAUAGUUAUCAUGCCCCGACAUGAUAGAAUAUGGAGUCAUAGGGCAAAGACACUUCUUAAAAGUCACCUCUUUUUCCGGAUGUAUGUCCAGUAUGUGUAUCUGUUUUGGCUUGUGACCAAUUUGUAAUAAAAAAUGCAACGAGUGGUACAGAAGACCUAAA